AUGAAGACCAUCAGUCGAGAGAGAGGACGUGAGAUCGUGGACGAAAUCAGAGAGAACAAUGGCGGCAUCAGUGCGGCAGAUCGCGCCAAGACACCUGUAAGCGUACUUAGAUCUCUCGACAGUGUACGAAGGAAAUUGGGGUCUGCUACCCAGACUCUCGCUACCAAUCUGUAUUCGAAAGACACGCGAUUCGUGUUCGAGCUUAUUCAGAAUGCCGAGGACAACGAUUACACAACAGUAGAAGCGGCUCGCGACGAGCCGCUUCUUACAUUCGGACUACAUCCAGACAAAAUUAUCAUUGAUUCCAAUGAGGAUGGAUUCACGGAAGCAAAUGUCAAAGCAAUUUGCAGUACUGGAGAGAGUACCAAAAAUAUCUCCAAAGGCUACAUUGGGGAAAAGGGAAUUGGCUUCAAGUCAGUCUUCAAGGUUGCUUCUAAGGUCCAUAUUCAGUCCGAGCCAUUUUCUUUCUUCUUUGAACACAGACGUGGCGAUGGUGGCUUGGGAAUGGUCACACCAAUCUUCGAAAAUCACCAUGGGAUCCCUUCAAACAUUCGCACUAGGAUGACCUUGACACUUGCCAAUCCGUCCGAAGCCGCGAAACUCGCACAAGAGUUUUACGACCUACCCGAGACAUUGCUUCUGUUCCUGAGCAAGCUCAAAACAAUUAAAAUAACCAGGUUCGAUGCACUUGGCACCGCGUCCGAGACCACGUACUCGAAGCAAGUCGACCUGAUACAGCACCGAGCGACCUUGACAACACUCUCGGUCUCCAACGGGAUUGCCGAUGGAUCGAGGCGUAGAGUGGUGUCUACUUAUCAGAUCAAGUCUAGACUUUUAAAUAAUCUUCCCGAACACCACGCCCGUCUUCACUCCAACCAAGCGGAAGUGGUACUAGCUUUUCCUUUAGACAGUCAAUCUAUACCUAUCAUUCAACAGCAACAUGUGUUUGCUUUUCUACCCAUCCGUCAAGUUGGUUUCAGCUUCCAAAUCCAAUCCGAUUUCAUUACCCAAGCAAGUCGAGAGGACGUUGAAAGAACAGAUUGGAAUGAGGUCAUACUUAGCGGUGUUGCAGAGACCUUCCGAGAUGGAGUUCUCGACUUUUGCGGCCAUCCUACGCUCCAAUACCAGUGGAUGAGAUACCUGCCAAGCGAAAUGAUCUUCGAACCCUUCUGGGCACAGCUUCUUCCGAAAAUUGUAAGGCUUUUGAAAGAGACACGUGUCUUGCGACCCUGGAGUGGAGGUGCCUUGAAACGUCCAGACCAGCUGAAACGAGUUCCAGACUACUGUCUCGACGAGGCAGGUAAUCCUCUGUUCAAAGACAUGCCCGAUGAAGUAUACCUUUCGGCAGGAUACGAAUGGGGUGACUUUCAGUUACUAGAUAGACUCGCAGUAAGAAAGCUCAGUCUUUGGGAUAUCUCGACCAGAGUUAACAUGGAUCUCAAUGAUCCCUCCUCGAGAUGGAAAUCAUCUACGGCCAGCGAUGAAUGGGUUACGCGAAGUGCAUCUAUGCUCAUGCGGCCGUUUUCCACGCAAGGAUCCGUCGCCGAGGCUACCGGAGUCAGGGCAUUGCCUUUGAUUCCCCUGCAAAACGGAUCUUGGGUCUCGGGCGACUCGGGCACAAUUUUCCAUCCAGACAGCGACCGCGUCCCGGUCCCAACAGACCUCGGUUUACGACUUGUGGAUCCUAAAGCACUCAGGAAUUCCGCCCGAAAAGCUCUGUUCACGCACCUUGGUCUGCGGAAUUGCGCUCCCAGAGACGUAAUUGCAUUGAUCCUCAAGAAGUAUAACACGUGGGGCAAUAUCUCUCUGCAAUCAUCGGUCUCGCACCUUCGGUAUCUGUACUGGCAUCUCCCGAAGAACGAACGCGAUCUGCCAAAAACCAUCUACCUCAAAGACCAGGAGUCACGGCCAGUAUACCGUACUUUCGUCACACUUGGCAGAGAAAUCAUCGUGGAUGAUCUGUACUUCGAGACAGACGAGAAAUACGAUGCCAAGCGGCUUACGAUGCAGGAAAAGGUUGGCAGCAAGAUCAUCUAUCCUGGAUUUCCCCUCCAUUACAUCAACCGCGCAUACAUAGAUGCAAUGCCAUCCGACGCCCGUCGCUACGAUAGCUCCUGGGAAGGCUGGCUCGGAGACUCAGCAGGUGUGCGAUGUAUACCUAGACUUGUCAAGCCGUCCACUCCUACAGCUCUCUCGGAUCUCUUUCUCUACAUUUUAAGAUGGCGCAAAGAGGUGGUGGGAACGUUGAAAGCACAUUGGGCCUCAUACAAGGAUUUGAUCACCCCUCCCGUGAUUCGUGCGCUGCGCGAGGCUGAAUUUCCUUGUGAAAAUUCGAAGAAGGCACCUUUACAAACUACCUAUCUACCUCUCUCGAAACUAACGAAGAGGUGCAGAAAUUUCGACGUUAACCGAGAACUGCCAUUCUUAGUUUUGCCUAGUGAGACAGACGGUGGAUCUCAAGAAGACUGGAAUUUCUUAGAAGUGUUCGAUGUUGGUCGUGAAACCAAUACUAGAUUCUAUCUCGACGUCCUUCGCUACUUUGUGCGCACUCAUCAGAGCCCCAGCGAAGCCUCAAGAAAUAUCCUGCUCAAGAUCUACGAGGCAGUUGAAAUACACAGUAACGCCGAGGACCGUGAAAAGAUUAGCAAGGCCUUUGCUGAAGAGAAUGUCAUCCACGUAACAGCAAGAAGAUGCCAACCUGCAAUGUGGACAGAGCCUAAGAAGUGCGUCUGGAAAGCGCCUGAAUUUCUUACCGAGUAUCAUUCGCUCUCGAACCAAGAAGGGUUUCGGGACAAUGACAGACUGAGGCAUCUUUUCCAAAUCAUAUUGAAUAUUAGAGAUGCGAACUGGAUCUACUACUUACACCAAAUCCAAGUGCACAAGGCAAAGGGACUCCCCCCAAAUGACAUCCAGGAAAUAUAUCGACAUCUUUAUUUGGAGGUGGAGGGGGAUGACUGGGAACACGUGCGCCAGCGCUUUAGUGAUAGACAUUUGAUUUACGAACCUUCUGGACGAAAUUGGCAUUCACCUGCCUCUUGCCUGUGGACAGAUGACACCCGGAUAUCUGACAAGGUGGCUCUAGGUAGGCACUACCCUAAGCUUCAAGCUUUCUUCGUCCAGCGCUUGGGAGUCGAAGAGCCCAAUAUCGAUACGUACAUUGCCGAGCUACAGCUCCUGACGGCGGGCGAUCAGUCCCCACCAAUGGAGGAUGUGAAGGGCUUGAUCAAGCAGAUCAACUCUUUUGGGCCGCAAGCGGGAGCUCUGGACAGACUGAAAUCGUCUAACGUUCUGCCUGUCAAAGGUUCAGAUGGUCAAACGCGCCUCAAAAAGACUUCCGAUGUAUUUGCGAUAGUUGACCGAACCGGAUAUGGUUCUGCAUUUAGAGACAAAGUACCAAUCCUGGAUUUCGAGAUAGAAGACGUUCGAGAAUUACGGCCAACCAUUCUAGCGUUGAAUCUGGAGGAUAGAUACAUGUCUCGGGUGGUCGUAGAAAGCUCGACAGUCAAAGAUUCUUCGAGGAACAUGAAAUUGAGUAAUCACGUCCAGAACAGAGCAUAUGCGCUUCUACGAUGUGCUUCUUAUUACGGAAGCCGAAAUUCGUCCUUAUACCGCAAGAUCCAAGCUACGGAUGUUUAUGAGAGCGAUGGAAUCUCCAAAACCAUUACACUUACGCUCAAAGGCCUCUGUAUAGCUGUCGAGGGAGCAAAAGGUAUAGUGCACAUUGUGGAGGACGAUCAGCAAAUGCGAUUCUAUGUGCCGAGAAACAGGGAAGACCGAGAGCUAUCUUACUGCACAGAGUUACCAGAGAAACUGGCUGCUCAAUUAGGCAUGAACGAUAUAGCAGCUAUCAGGGUUGUUGGAGAUAUCCUGACGAAAAGUUUGCCUGUGCUUGAGAAAGUGCUUGACCACCAUGGCAUUGUGCAAGUGGCAGGAAUAGAGCCUGGUCCACAGACGGUCUCUCACGAUUCAUUGUCGGACGAAGACGAUGAGCAAUCAGUAAGUCAUAGAGCGACAAAUCAGCCGGUGCAUGCUCCAUCAACCCCAGUGAGGCAUGGGUCGACGGAGUCGGCGUUUACUUCAAGCUCAGCUCCAAAUUCCACAACGCGCGCAGGGUCGUCGUCGUAUGCGGGAAGCGCUUUGACCCCGCAAUCAUCGCAGGCAAAUACGAGAUUCUCAAGCACCCCUAGGUCAGGUUUGUCACCAUUUCCCGAGAGAAGGAGGGAUUAUACAACGCCAGAGAUAUCCACUAGCGGCUAUGAAUAUCGCGCCCUUCUUGACCGCGUGAUUCGUGCAGCAAGCCGAGCUCCAUUCCCCAGGCCUGGUAUGCCCUCGCCAGAGGUAGCCUCAGACUCGAAUGACGACACUCCCUUCGCGUUGUCAGAUACAGUGUUUGGAAGUCGUUCGGAUAGCAAGGUCAGCCACGACGUUAAGAUUGGCGCCGCAGGAGAGUUAUAUGCUUUCGAGUUUCUACUCAAUUUGAAUCUGCCAAAUCUAGACCGAAGUAAUUGGAGAAGCACCAUUCGCAAAGAAGUUUGCGUGCACGAGAAAUACAGGGACAUGCCCGCUUGGAAUGGUAGAGAAACUGCAGACAUCACGUACGAGGACCAGGUUACGGGAAAUGCGGAAACGACACUUAAGCUCACUCAGCUCUUGUUUGAACAUGGCCAUCUCCCUCACGGCCUACUCGUCGAACCUGAGGGUCCCGGGAUCAAUUACUACUUGGAAGUGAAGACGACAACACUCGGUUGUGGAACCCGCCUCUUCGUCAGUAGAGCACAAUACCAAAGGAUGCACGAAAUGACCUUGCGUCCCGGGCUUCCGGUCAAGAACAUCUACGUGAUAUUGCGAGUCUUCAAUCUGGGUCAGGAGGAUAUGGGCAUGCGGAUCUAUGUUGACCCGGCGGCAAUGGAGCGAAAUGGCGAGCUGGAAUUUCAGGCGGAGACAUAUACGGUGAUUCCGGCAGUAGAAGAAGAAUUAUAG